AUGACGGGACUACGGAUGUGCAUUUUUGGAUUAUGGGCAUUACAGACCAACUACCCGAACGUCGCAUCGAAGGGGACGCAUCGCAGGUUACCUAUGCCAUUAUUACACCUGACCAACAAAAUGACUCCAAGAACAUAUGCACCGGAUAGUGUACUUCUUUUGCCACUUAUACUCCGUCCUGUCUCGAGAAAAGUGCAUAUAAAGAGGAAGAGUUGCAUCAAAUAUCAACGACGCAUGCGGCCUGAACAAAACAGCCCAGGUCCUCAGCCUAAGACCAGCCUUAACAGACCAUUACUGGACCGACAUAAGUGUUUCUCCCAUCAACUACAAUACCUGACUUAG